AAUAGCUAGAUAGCGGUUCGUGUGCAGCCUGCAAGCCGUUAGCUAAUUGUAGCUAGCUAGAUGAUGUGUUGUAGUAGGCUUGGAAAUAAUCAUAUUUGCCGAAAGACAUUGAAUAUGGAAGGAUCGUGUAACAUUUGCACGUUGCACCGGGGAUAUAUUGCAACGGACAUCUUUUUUAGAGGAUAACCUGGAUAACCUUAGCUACAUGAAAUGUCAUAAACUAGCCGCGGAGUUGGAGGGACCCACAACCCCCUGAACAGCUGUAUUGAUGGAGAAAUGUCCUCCGAGACGAUAGCAAAUAUAACACUGCACAAGGUUUAGCGGAAUUGUUAUAGUCUGAUAUCUUGUCUCUGUAUCUAGUCUGUCAAGCAAAUAGUAGACGGGUCAUUCCGAGAUUGCUAGCUACUUAGUCAAUGAUGAGAUAGCUAACUGCUGCCAGUGCUGGUGAAGAAAUCACAGCUGUUUUGGCAUCUGCAAACAACAAGACUGGCUGUGUCAGACAAACCUUCGGCCUUGUUCAGAAAUACAAGAUUUGUGAAACUGGCACAAUACAUACAUUUGUGAAACUGGCACAACUGAAAACAAGGACAUUUGAACAGUCUGUAUCGAAGUGAGGAUAAUUUUUCCUGAUCAUCGAGACUUGGCAAAACUAUAAUGAGGAAGUUUUUUGAUUCAUCUCGUCGGGAGUUGGUCAGUUCUGGACCUGCUUCUGGAGGGGGUAGCAGUGGAUCCAGCCAUGCAGGUGGCAAUUUAAUUGGACGUUCAUGUACAAUUGGGCGGCACCAAGUCACUAUUGAAGAAACAGUGGCCGAAGGGGGGUUUGCAAUUGUGUUCCUGGUACGAACCAGCCAGGGGCUCCGCUGUGCCCUCAAGAGGAUGUAUGUCAACAAUGAACACGACCUGCAGGUGUGCAAGCGAGAGAUCCAGAUUAUGAAGGACCUGGUCGGCCAUAAGAACAUUGUUGGCUAUCUGGACUCUAGUAUCACCACUUGUGGAGGAGGAGAUGUGUGGGAAGUGCUCAUCCUCAUGGACUACUGUAAAGGAGGCCAGGUGGUGAACCUGAUGAACCAGCGUCUGCAGACUGGCUUCACCGAGGCAGAGGUACUGCAGAUCUUCUGUGAUACGUGUGACGCCGUGUCUCGACUGCACCAGGGCAAGACACCCAUUAUCCACAGGGACCUUAAGGUGGAAAACAUCCUGUUACAUGAUAAGGGUCACUACGUGCUGUGUGACUUCGGAAGCGCCACCAAUAAGUUCCAGAACCCACAGACCGAAGGAGUGCCAGUAGUCGAUGAGGAAAUAAAAAAGUACACCACUCUGUCAUAUCGUGCUCCUGAGAUGGUAAACCUCUACAACAGCAAGAUUAUCACUACUAAAGCUGACAUAUGGGCAAUGGGCUGUUUGCUGUAUAAGCUGUGCUACUUCACUCUACCCUUUGGGGAGAGCCAGGUGGCCAUCUGUGAUGGCAGUUUCACCAUUCCUGACAAUUCCCGCUACUCCUACGACCUGCACUGCCUCAUCCGGUACAUGCUGGAGCCCGACCCUGACAAAAGACCUGACAUCUACCAGGUGUCCUACUUUGCUUUUAAACACGCUCGUCGGGACUGCCCUGUUCAGAAUGUUAAGAACUCUCCAAUUCCUGCUCAACUCCCUGAGCCAAUCAAAGCCAGCGAGGCUGCUGCAGCGAAGAAGAACCAGAGCCAGACACAGAGUAAGGCCAGACUGACAGACCCCAUCCCCACCACUGAGACCUCCAUCACGCCCCGGCAGAGGCCCAAAGCGGGCCAUGCCCAGCCCAGCGCUGGAAUCCUACCCAUCCAGCCGGCUGCCCUCACCCCUCGCAAACGGGCCAUCCUACCUGCCGGGGGGGCCCUUCCUGUUGGAGUGAACUUAAACCUUGCCCAGCAAGCAGCAGCCCUACAAUCACAGAAGGCAAAGAAGGCACUUCAGCCAGCGACCGGCCAAUCACAUAACCCUCCCAGUGAGGCAACACCCCAGCUGGGUGGAAAGCCCCAGGCUGGUGCUCAGCAGAAGCAGCCAGGACAGUUGCAGCAGCAGCCUAUCGCAGCAGUGGGAGGAGUCCCACCUGUUCAGACCAUGGUGGAGGCCCCGAGCACCCCUCAACAGGCCUUGCCUCCCCCGACGGCCAGUCCUUCCCCUCAGAAGGCCCAGGCUCCGUCCAGCCCAGCCCCACCCAAAGCCCCAGCACGUCGUAAGCAGGCCAGCCAGAGCCAGGCCCAGCAGCAACCAUCUGCUCAGCCUACUUCAGCCCACCCUUCAUCUGCACAGCAGCCUACAGCUCGGCAGCAACCAGUUCCUCAACAACCAGUUGCCCAGCAACCAGUAGCUCAGAGAGAAGCGGCCCAGCAUCCACCUGUCAAGACCCAGUCCACUCCAGCCGAGACCAGUCACAACACAGCUGAGACUGAGACGACUCCGCACCACUCUCCAAAGACAGCAGAGUGCACCCCGAGUAACGUUACACAGAAUGCAGUCGGUGGGCUACCUGGAAGUGACUUCAGCCUACUACUGCAAGAGGCCACAGCAGAGGAUGACCUCAACCAGUUAAUAUCUGUCGGUACAUCUCCAUCCAAUUCCACCCGGUCCCUUCAGCAGAGUGUGUGUGAACCAGCACAAGACGGCAACUUUGCUGCCUUUGCCCAUUCCCCUACCCCUGGCCCUGCCACCGGUUCCCCCACGCAGCCCGCCUGGAACCCUUUUGGUGAUGAUGACUUCUCCAAUCUCAGUGCAGAGCAACUGAUUAACAAAGACCUGGUUGAUGAACAGGCUGAUGACGUGGCUGCAGAAGCAGAGGUGGAGACGGCCCCCACAGAGGAACUGAUACCUGGCCUGCUGGAGGUCUCUUCCCCUGGGGAAACAACCCCUCAACCUGCUGUAGAGCAAUCUGAAGACAUCCUUGGACUGGAUACAGGAGAGUCUUUGUUGACUGUUCCGGUCCCUUUCAGCACCCUAGCACUCUCAGACACUCCAGAGAAGCUUAUUGAGGGACUGAAGUCCCCAGAUACACACCACCUGCUCCCUGACCUCCUGUCCAUGGCUGAUCCCUUUGGCAGAACGGUGGUGGAGGCUGUUAAUGUAGUGGGUCCAGCAGAGAACUCUCUUUUGAGUCUGGACUCUCUGAUCCCUGGUCUGGAGGCUCCUGUGUCCCAGUCUGAGACAGAUUCUACACUGCUUCAUGAUCCCCUGCUUGGGGAGGACUCUCUGCUGGGUUGCUCUCUCAUCUCUCCCCCUUCUGGAGCCUCCUCUCUCUCCUCUGCUCCCGCUUCUGCUGGCUUUAGGUCUGUUCUGGAAGAGUUUGACCUGGCAUCUGGGGGGUCCACCCAGUUUCUGUCAGACUCUGCUGAUCUCCUGAUCCCAGGCUUUGAGCCUCCACCCAUUGCAGAGACGGGCAACGAGGAUGAGUUUGACCCCAUCCCUGUCAUGGCCUCCUUCCAAGUUUCAGGAGGCCACUCUCGAAGUAACAGUGGCAGCUCUGAGUCCAGCCUUCCCAGCCUGGCCCGCUCCCUGCUCAUGGUGGACCAGCUCAUCGACCUGUAGAGGCCGGUGGGGAGCCGGGACACUAAAGAGAGGGGGAGUGGGGGGAUGGAGAGACGAGGUAGAAGUAUUGAUGCUGGAGAGGAAAAUAGACCCCACCAUUAGUCGUUACACCCCUACACCAUUUAUCACCAACGCUUGUUCCAUGGGAACUCCUGCUAUCAUUCCGAACGCACUGGGCGAUAGAGUUCUAGAACCAUAAUCAUUGUCCUGUCUGUGUUUGUCCCAUCAUGCCUCUGAUAUUGAUUCCCGUCAUGUCCACCACUUUUCUUCUUUCCCCCCUCUGCCCCCUCAUUUCAUGCUCUCACAGCAUUUAGGCCUAUGUUCUGUUGCCUUCUGCGAUCAUCAUGGCAAACAAGUUCAUGGCACACUGCUUCUCGCUUUUGCGUUCAUGGCACCCUAACAAUAAUAACUUUUGCUUUCGCGACACACUAACUUUUUCUAGCUUUUGUAUUUGUCACUCUAACUUGAUCCAAGAGUUCUUCUUUCUGUAGACCAGGGUCAAAUGUUUCAACAUGUUUCACUGCUAUCUCUCUGGUCAGCCUUGUCCUGUAAGCAACCAGAUAAUUCCACUCUUGUUGUUAGUAGAUGUUGUUAUGGUGGACAAGUAGAUGUUUUGUCUCCUGCCUUUCUCCAGGGUUAUAUUUAUAUUUCACUUGGAUUAUUAUUUGCGCACAUUCGGUAACAACAAUGUCACAACAUUGAUUUCUUCUAAACAUCUUGAGUUGUACUGUAGAACGUUGAAAAAAUGGUUGUCUGUCUGCCAAUUUAGUUUCCCACAUUCCAGUGGCUGAGUUUUCAGGGAUUGUGUUUUAACCCUUAGCCUGAGGUAUCAUAACCGGCAUGAUGGGAUAGAUGUCAAUAUCUAAAAUGACAGAUUUUGAUCAAAAAGGACUGAUUACUCCACCAGCUGGUCCAGAGAUUGAGCCUCCCUGUGGACGCAUCCUCCCAGCUGCCAUUAGCAGAGCACUGUAAGAGUCACCAGGCAUGUUACCUGUCUAUGGUCAAAAUGAGCUAGGAAGUUAUUCAAAAAAGUUACAAGUUAGCACCAACAUAUUUUAAGACUUUUUAAAGCCUACAUUAACAUAAAUAUGGAGCUAACAUUCCCAAAGGAAGAAGCUAAGAUUUAAAAACACCAGCUUGGCUCGGGACUCAGCUGCACAUUGACAACAUUGAUGCUUUUCUAAAGCAUUUGCUUGUUUUCCUCUCGUUGACCUCUCCUUAGCCUGACUGUACAGACCGUCGGUCAAUAUCAUCCCUUUCAUUUCAGCCUGUUUGUGCCCACUCAAUCCUUUCAUUCUAUUCAAACAUGCAUUCCCACAGAAAGUCCAUUCCUACUUCUACAUAGAUCCUAUAUUCCAGUAAUUUAUCGGCCCUACAUAGUGUAAAUGUAUGUAUAUCUGCAAUACCCACAGACUCUGAUCCAGUGAUCAUAUGUGUGGUUCCUCUCGUGUAUAAAGUUAACGUUACAAAACAUGUAUGUCCUCUGUUACUCAUCGGUCAUCAUAGCUUACAUUGUGAAAAAAAUAAAUAGAAAAGUUUAUUUCAUAUAUAGCUAAUAAUAAAUGUGAAUAUGAAUAGAGUGUUAGAGAAUGAAUGUAUGAAAUUAAUAUCAUUAUAAAUAAAGAUUCAUAUAUUUAAAUAUAAUUCUUAAGAUGACUAUUAUAGACGAAUACUUUGUUUUUCCUGUGCAGCUGUGUUUUUUCCACCAUAUUUCUCCCCAGAUUCCUAUUGUGACAUUAUCAUAACAUACAGUUGUGACAAUCUUAGCUUUGAUCUGUUGUUGAGGGUUGGGUAGGAUUUCUCCUUCAAGUGUAGUGUCUAUUAACUUGCCUUGACCUAAGGAGGGUUUUAUUGCAAACAAAGUAGUUUGUUGUACAUUGGGACCGCAACCCAGGGAGCUUUACCAUGUCUUAUACUGUACCAUACUUAAUCACGCUGUACAAAGGCAGAGAACUACAGUCGUUGCUGAAAUAGUGCUCUACAAAGCCAUGCUUUCUCCACGCAGAUUUUAUAUUAUCAAAAAGAUGCAUAUCGAAGCAUGACCGUGACAGAUCACUAGACAGUGAUCUGACUGAAUUAGAGGAAAGGAAUAUAUUGGUUAUUAGACAGAGAGGGGGAAGCACUACACAGGACUCAACACUAUGACCACAUACACGUCAGAUCCUAUGAAAAUAGGAAUGCUCACUAUACAUUUCAAGGAAUUACAGAUAAUUGCUCUACUGCAGUUUUCCAAACAAUGCAUGCCAAGCAACAGCACCUAUUGACAGUAUUCUAAAAUUCAAUGUUGUCACAUCUAUCUCAAGCUGAAGUUCACAUCUUAUCCCCUCCACUACUGUACAGUCUAGUCAUCUGCAAAUACUCAUGAGGCUAUUGACCUAUGCAAUCUUUGCUUCUUCCUGUAGACACCACUGUGCUGUUGUUCUUGGUAAAGGUCUUGCCCUCCAGGUAGUUCAACUUGUGUUGUUGUGAAAAAGAGAUCCUUCAUGUUGCCCAGUUGUUUUUGCCAAAAGUGGAAAAGGCUGUUUCUGAUGACCAUUGUUCUCCUGAAUGUUCUGGAUCUCUGUCCGUCUAAAUGACACCUAAUCCCUCUGAAUGUUCUGGAUCUCUGUCCGUCUAUAUGACACCUAAUCCUGCGUCAGCGCAGUCAUUUCUGUGUGCACCUUCUAUUUUUGUGAGAUAACUAAAGAAUUACAAAGAAAGGGAUGUUGAAUAAACAUAUACAUGUGAAUGUA